AUGGGCACUAGCGGCUCCAAGUCGCGGGGUCUGUGGCCCUUUGCCUCCCCGGCGGCGGGCGGCGGCGGCGCCGAGGGCCCCGGCGGGCAGCAGGCCCUGACUCGGGCGCGGGCCGCACGCGCUGCCACCCCUUUCGUCUUCACACGUCGCGGCUCCAUGUAUUACGAUGAGGAUGGGGAUCUCGCCCACGAGUUUUACGAGGAGACAAUCGUUACUAAGAAUGGGAGGAAGCGCGCCAAGCUGAAGAGGAUCCACAAGAACCUGAUACCUCAGGGCAUAGUGAAACUAGAGCACCCUCGCAUUCAUGUGGAUUUCCCAGUGAUCAUCUAUGAGGUGUGAGUCACCAGACGUUGCUGCCCACAAGUGGGAAGCGCUGCCCCACUGUCCCCAGCCCCACCAGGCAAGGCUGCAUCGUGUUCCCACCCAAGGAGGACUCUGGGCACACGGUGGGGACGGACAGUGGCUCUCCCCUCACCCAGAGGUGAGGUGGUACGAAGCAGGCCAGGCUGAGCUUGGCUGACACUCCUCGCAGGAGAUGGGUGACUUUGUGCAACGACUGCUUAAAAACACCCUCGCUUGAGUCAGAAGACUAAAAUACCUUUUGUAGCCUCUAGCCAAUGUUUGAUGGGUAACCAGAACUGCACGAGCUGCUGUGUUUAAGCUGUUAAAGGGAGAGCAAGCCUGCACUUCUCACCAGAGAAAAUCCCCUGCUUCUCAGGUAUGCAGCCCAGGGAGAGCCAGGGCAAAGUAACACGCUGCCCGGGGCCCUGAGGUUCUUUAGGCCUGGUGGUGAUACAGCCAACGUUGUGGCAUGUCACUUGGCACGAGUGUUAUGUUAUGCUCCCUAGGAUGUGUCCAUUGAUGGAGGAUAAAUGGGGCAGGCUGAGGGGUCAAAGCACAUCUGGCUGGCUGCUGUGGUCAUCUUGGGAAGGGGAUUGAGAUCGCAUGUCCCUGUCUUGGACCUGUCUCUUCCGUCUGCAUUUCCCUGUUCAUACUGGCUCUACGGAGGUUGGCUUUGCUGCUGCCUGCAGUCCCACUUCUCACAGGACAUCUCUUUGGUUCAUGGCUGCUGCUGGCACAGUAAGGUCCCCAACUCUGUGUUGGAUCUCCUGCACCUGUUAGCAAGCUGGCUCCUGCUGAGCGCCAUUCCUUGCUCACUGUGGAGCCAGGUUGCUGUGCGAGGCAUCUCCUUAUAAUGUAUUCACCUCUGCUGCUGUCUCAAUGUACCUCACGGUGGGGUGGGCCUUGACAGAACCAAGCAAGAAGGAAAUCAUCUCUUCCCCUCAUCAUCCCCUGAAAGCAGUCAAUUGAUGUGCCUGGCCUGGCUUGGAAAUCUCCCUGGUGAUGUGAACUACAGUUCCUCCCACAUCCCAGCUGGCAGCAGGAGGAGAAACGUGAUGCACUUUAGAGGGAGGCUUUCUGCUCCAUCUCAGAAGGUCCUGCUCUUUUCUCCUCUUUCCUCCCACUUGAGAAGGUCUAGGUUGCCUCAGCAGCACCAAAAAACUUUCCCCCGCUAUCUGUGGGUCCUGGGACACCGAGCCAGCUGCUGUGGGGGUGGGGAAAGGCCUGGCCCUUACAGCUCCUUUGCCAGCACUGGAAGCCAUACCUUCCUGCUUGUCUGCCCCCAGACUGGGUGGGUGGAGGAGGACAAGCAGUGGGCACGGCUUUAAGCUGGGUUUGAGCUUUCUUCCCACAGCAGCUGGCUUGGCUUUCCUCCUCUUUUUUUGUUCCAGAACUUACUUACUUUCUAAGCACUUCAGAUGUUUGCUACCUCGAUUUUUAAUUUAAGCUGCUGGCACUUGGCCGCCAGCCCUGUCGGUGUCUACUUUGGAUGUAUCCAUCCCCACGCCCUCUCAGAGCUGCCUGGGCGUGGGGCCACAUUCCUGGCUUCAUGGAGAUAACAGUGGCGUGGCUGUUGCUGUCUUCCUGUUACCACCUCUUCCCUCCGCAUCCCUCCACCCAGUGUUCCCAGUGACAGGAGCAAGCACAGAGGGUGAAGCAUGGGAGAGUGAAGCGGAUGUGCUGGCUGCAACCAGGCAGGGAAAUGGGAGGGCAGGGCUUUGUCAGGGAGUUUGUCUACACUGUGAUGCUGGGCACAUCUUUCAACGUCUUUUGUUCUGCAUCCUGCUUGCUUGAAAGAGUCUUGUCUUAAAACAAUCCCCCACUGAAGUGUUUCUUAUUCACACCACCUGCUCUUGAGUGUCCCCUGGGCCACAUCUCCCUGGAAAAGAUGUCCCUGGGGCUCCACAAGAGAGCAGGAGCUGCUGUCACCAGGAAGAGGAGAGAAAGCUUUGGCCAGGUUGCCUGCACCACUUUACCCUGCUGCUCUCUGAAGGCGCAAGAAGCUGCGCCCAGACCUGCCUCAUGUGCUGGAGAACGUGGAGAAGGAGUGGGGAUGAGGCCAGUACAGUUUGUCUGGCCCAGCAGGGAGCCCCUUGCCUGGCUGCCAGCCAAAAAUCUGACAAGGCAGGGCCCAAACACUGGUGGGGCAGAGACCAAGACCAGCUUAGCCAGGAUGUUUUUGUCCUUCCUCACAGGCUGCCUAGCGUGGGGCAGCUGAUGCCACAGGGCAUCAAACAUGCUUCCCUCAAAAAAAUACACCUUCUCCCACUGUCACUGGAGUGGCAGCAAACCUGCACAGGUGGCCAACACACUUUGUCCUGCCCAGCUUCUUCCCAGGCUGGUUCCUGAGCAGUCAGCCCCAGACCCGCUCCCCCUCUGCCAGCCCCCAGCCCUCCUGCAGCAGUAGGGCCUGGGGGGCACCUAGAAGGAUCUUUAAAUGUGAAGGUUGCUGUAAAUAGUGUCUGUGUCCACUGUGGUGUUGGAGCAAGCAAAAAAAAAAAACAAA